CUCUAAUUUUUAUUUUUGUUUUCUUGGAAACCAGUGUGAUGACAGUGAUAAAUAGAUGAGAAAGGGAGAAGGAAAGGAAAAACUUUUCGAAUGGCGGCAUCAAGCUUGGGGAGCAAAGAAGGGUCUACGAAGACCAUCGUAGCGGAACAAAUCUCCCAGUCCGUACAAUCGACCUCCAAUCUCCUCCAUCUCAUGCUCCAGUCCUCUCCUUCCCAUGCCCAACUAAUGAAACUUCCGAAAAACCUUUUGGCUAAAACAUCCACAAUAAGAAACACAGAGUUGGUGUUGCAACAGAUGCCUCAGGUAAUUUCAUCAUUGGAUGCACAUGUGGAAAGUGGAUUGCAAAGCGUACCUCAUCUGGAAACCGUUGCCCAGUUGAUUUCAAACAUGGAAACUGGCCAGCUCAAGUCUUUAUCCAGAGAUCAGCAUAGUCAAGAGCAGGCACAUGAACCUGUAGAGCAGCACUCAGAGGUGGCCUAACUAUCAUUGGGAUCUCCAGCCAUAGCGUUGAACUUGAGCAGCUUCCAUGAUCCAACUAAAUAUGUAAAUGGAGUGCCUGAGUAUCACUAUUGGUCCUUAUUUGUGAAUAUGUGAUCGAUUUCAACUGUGAAAAUAUUUGUAAUCCUAUUUUGUUGGCAAUGAAGCCUGCUCUAGUGAGGUUCUUGGUGAUUUAA